CGGUCGGCGGGCCGUCGACGGGCGACACGCAAGCGCAACAGGUAGGUUAAGAUUCACGGUCCGUCGCAUUUGCUGGUCCUAUGCGCACGACGCGGCCCUCGCAUACAGCACACGAACCGCGACCGACGAAAUGUGCGGGAUCAUCGGUGAUCGGUGAAGUGAUUCUAACAUAGUGAUAGUUAUCAACAAGUGCUUGUGUCUGUGAUAUGACGAGGACCAGCUCCGGAGUUUGACCGAGCGCCACUCAGCGGAUCUUAACGAUCGUGCCGGUGACCACAUGCCGCCGACAUCAUGGUGAUCGUUACCAGGGGCGAUUACAUAUGGAUCGAGCCGGUGUCAGGUCGGGAGUUCGACGUCGCGAUCGGCGCCCGAGUGCUCGCGGCCGAGGGGCGUCGCAUACGCGUUCGCGACGACGACGGUCACGAACAAUGGCUGCCGCCGGAGCGACGCAUCAAGGCGAUGCACGCCACCUCCGUGCAUGGCGUCGAGGACAUGAUCUCACUCGGCGACUUGCACGAAGCUGGCAUAUUGAGGAAUCUGCUUAUAAGAUAUAAUGAGAAUCUCAUUUAUACAUACACCGGCUCAAUCUUAGUAGCUGUAAACCCGUACCAAAUACUGCCAAUCUACACGGCAGACCAGAUCAAAUUGUACAAGGAGAGGAAGAUAGGCGAGCUGCCCCCUCACAUCUUCGCGAUCGGGGACAAUGCGUACGCGCACAUGCGUCGGUAUAAACAAGACCAGUGUAUUGUGAUCAGUGGGGAGUCGGGAGCAGGGAAGACGGAAUCUACGAAGCUGAUCCUGCAGUACCUAGCUGCUAUAAGUGGGAAGCAUUCGUGGAUUGAACAACAGAUUCUAGAAGCUAAUCCCAUCCUCGAGGCUUUUGGCAACGCGAAGACUGUUAGAAACGACAACUCUUCGCGUUUCGGCAAAUACAUUGACAUUCACUUCAACAACAGCGGAGUCAUUGAAGGCGCCAAGAUCGAGCAGUAUCUUCUAGAAAAGUCCAGAAUAGUGUCCCAGGGAGCAGAGGAAAGGAACUACCAUGUGUUCUACUGCUUGCUCGCAGGAUUGUCCAAAGAAGAGAAGAAGAAGUUAGAACUAACUGAACCUUCUGAAUAUAGAUAUUUGUCCGGGGGUGGUAGCUUAACUUGCGAAGGCCGGGACGACGCUGCCGAAUUUGCUGAUAUACGGUCAGCCAUGAAGGUUCUAUUGUUCACUGAGCCAGAAAUAUGGGAAAUAUUGAAACUGCUGGCUGCCGUCUUACACACUGGUAACAUUAAAUACGAGGCGACAGUCGUGGACAACUUAGAUGCUACAGAAAUUAUAGAACAAGCUAAUGUUAGGAGGGUGGCGACCUUGCUUGGAGUACCGAUGCAAUCUCUCAUAGACGCACUGACUAGAAAGACCCUGUUUGCGCACGGAGAAACCGUCAUAUCGACCCUCAGCAAAACACAAUCCGUCGACAUUAGAGACGCCUUCGUCAAAGGAAUCUAUGGACGGUUAUUCGUCACCAUCGUUAAGAAGAUCAACGCUGCAAUCUACAGACCAAAGUCCACCAUGCGAACAGCUAUUGGCGUCCUAGAUAUAUUCGGUUUCGAGAACUUCGAUCAAAACAGUUUCGAACAAUUCUGUAUUAACUUUGCUAAUGAGAACUUGCAGCAGUUUUUCGUUAGGCAUAUAUUCAAAUUGGAACAAGAGGAGUAUAAUCAUGAAGGAAUUAAUUGGCAGCAUAUCGAAUUCGUUGACAACCAAGAUGCUUUAGAUUUGAUUGCAUUGAAACAACUGAACAUUAUGGCUUUAAUUGACGAAGAGUCGAAGUUUCCAAAGGGCACUGACCAAACGAUGUUAGCCAAGCUACACAAGACCCACGGUCUACAUAGAAACUACCUCAAGCCAAAGUCAGAUAUAAACACCAGUUUUGGACUAAACCAUUUUGCUGGAAUAGUAUUUUACGAUACGCGAGGAUUCUUAGAGAAAAACCGUGACACGUUUAGUGCUGAUUUAUUGCAGUUAAUUCAUAUAUCGACGAACAAAUUCCUGCAACAUAUCUUUCAAGAUGACAUUGCUAUGGGAUCAGAAACACGGAAAAGAACUCCAACACUUUCAACUCAAUUCAAGAAGUCUCUUGACUUGUUGAUGCGAACAUUAGGAACAUGCCAGCCGUUCUUCAUUAGGUGUAUAAAGCCAAAUGAAUUUAAGAAACCAAUGAUGUUUGAUCGAGGUCUCUGCUGCAGGCAGCUCAGGUACUCCGGCAUGAUGGAGACUAUCAGAAUCAGGAGAGCUGGGUACCCCAUCCGACACAGCUUCAAAGAAUUCGUCGAGAGAUAUCGAUUCUUAAUUUCUGGUGUCCCCCCUGCACACAAGACUGACUGUCGUUCGGCAACUGCAAAGAUCUGUGCGACAGUCCUUGGCAAGUCUGACUACCAGUUGGGUCACACAAAAGUUUUUCUGAAGGAUGCUCACGACUUGUUCUUAGAACAAGAAAGAGAUCGCGUACUUACUCGGAAGAUAUUAAUUCUACAAAGGUCUAUUCGAGGAUGGGUUUACCGCAGACGGUUCUUGAAGAUGCGAGCGGCCGCGAUUUUGAUUCAACGUCACUGGCGAGGCAAGUUGCAGAGGAUUCGUUAUAACAAGAUGAAGGUUGGGUACGCGAGACUGCAGGCGUUGAUACGCGCACGAGUGCUGGCUCACCGGUUCAGGCAUCUUCGAGGGCAUAUUGUGGCUUUACAAGCGGCAGCCCGAGGCUACCUAGUCCGUCGCUCCUACGGGCACAAGAUGUGGGCGAUCGUGAAGAUCCAGUCCCACGCGCGUCGGCUGCUGUGCAUGCGUCGCUACCGGCGCCUGCGCGGCGAGGCGCGCGCGCACUCGGAGGCGCUGCGCCUGCGCCGCCAGGAGGAGCAGCGUCUGCAGCACCAGGGCAACACGCGCGCUAAGGAGAUCGCUGAGCAUAACUAUCGGGAGCGCAUGUACGAAUUGGAAAGGCGUGAAGCAGAACUGGCCCUGGAAGAGAAGAAGCAGCUAGAAGCCAAGAGGACGUUACUCCAAGAGGCGGCGAGGAAACAGGACGAGCCGGUAGAUGACAGCAAGCUCGUGGAAGCCAUGUUUGACUUCCUACCUGACUCCAGCAGUGAAGCCCCUGCGCCCAAAGAUACGUCUGUCUUCAGCGAUCUGCCACAGCCUAGAGCUGAUCAGCAGGAGAUGGUAACACCAAUGCAAACAACUUCAGAAGAUGAAGAGGACUUGUCAGAGUUCAAGUUCCAGAAAUUCGCAGCGACUUACUUCCAAGGCAAUGUCACUCAUCAGUACUCCAGGAAGCCACUGAAGCAUCCACUGCUGCCUCUUCACACGCAAGGAGACCAGCUGGCUGCCCAAGCGCUAUGGAUCACAAUACUCCGCUUCACUGGGGAUCUGCCAGAACCAAGAUACCACACAAUGGACCGGGACAAUACGUCAGUUAUGUCCAAAGUCACAGCAACCCUUGGCAGGAACUUCAUCAGGUCCAAAGAGUUCCAGGAGGCUCAGAUGAUGGGAGUUGACCCUGACGCUUAUCUGAACAAACAGAAGCCAAGGUCUAUUAGACACAAGCUUGUGUCUUUAACACUAAAGAGGAAGAACAAGCUCGGUGAAGAUGUGAGGAGAAAGUUGCAGGAUGAGGAGUACACAGCAGACAGCUACCAGUCAUGGCUAGAAUCUCGCCCAACUUCAAAUCUAGAAAAAUUGCAUUUCAUUAUUGGGCACGGUAUUCUACGGGCUGAGUUAAGAGACGAAAUAUAUUGUCAGAUCUGUAAACAACUGACAAAUAAUCCGUCAAAGUCCUCUCAUGCCAGAGGUUGGAUUUUACUUUCGUUGUGUGUUGGAUGCUUUGCUCCUAGCGAAAAGUUCGUCAAUUAUCUGCGGGCGUUCAUCAGAGAGGGCCCGCCUGGAUACGCACCGUACUGUGAAGACCGUCUGAAGCGCACAUUUAACAAUGGCACCAGGAACCAGCCACCCUCAUGGUUAGAACUCCAAGCGACAAAGUCUAAAAAGCCUAUAAUGUUACCCAUAACAUUUAUGGAUGGCAACACAAAGACGUUGUUAGCAGAUUCUGCCACAACUGCGAGAGAACUAUGCAAUCAGUUAUCUGAUAAAAUUGGUCUGAGAGACCAAUUCGGCUUCUCGCUUUACAUUGCUCUGUUCGAUAAGGUUAGUUCCCUUGGUAGUGGAGGCGAUCAUGUAAUGGAUGCUAUAUCACAAUGUGAACAGUACGCUAAAGAGCAAGGUGCUCAAGAAAGAAAUGCGCCAUGGAGACUUUUCUUUAGAAAAGAAAUAUUCGCUCCAUGGCAUGAUCCUACCGAGGACCAAGUAGCCACUAAUCUUAUUUAUCAGCAAGUGGUCAGAGGUGUUAAAUUUGGUGAAUACAGAUGUGAUAAAGAAGAAGACUUAGCUAUGAUAGCCGCUCAACAGUAUUACAUCGAAUACGGUCAAGACAUGAACACUGAACGACUGUAUACAUUACUGCCAAAUUACAUACCGGACUAUUGUCUAACCGGUGUUGAGAAAGCGGUUGAUCGGUGGGGUGCUCUAGUGGUGCAAGCAUACAAAAAGAGUUAUUAUGUAAAAGAAAAAGUUCCUGCUUAUAGAGUCAAAGAAGACGUUGUAAGUUAUGCAAAGUUCAAGUGGCCACUAUUAUUCUCUAGAUUCUACGAAGCUUAUAGAAACUCUGGGCCAAACCUUCCUAAAAAUGAUGUAAUAAUAGCAGUGAAUUGGACUGGUGUGUAUGUUGUGGAUGAUCAAGAACAAGUGUUACUGGAAUUGUCAUUCCCUGAAAUUACAACUGUUGCCAGCCAAAAAACCAACAAAGUGUUUACUCAAACCUUCAGUCUGUCGACGGUUCGCGGUGAGGAGUUUACAUUCCAAAGUCCGAACGCUGAAGACAUUCGCGAUUUAGUGGUAUAUUUCCUUGAAGGUCUGAAGAAACGAUCCAAGUUCGUUAUAGCGUUACAAGACUACAAGGCACCGGGAGAGGGUUCUAGUUUCUUAACAUUCAACAAAGGAGAUCUGAUAAUCUUAGAAGAAGAUAGCACAGGGGAAUCUGUUUUGAACAAUGGUUGGUGCAUCGGUCGUUGUGAAAGGACGAUGGAAAGAGGUGAUUUCCCCGCGGAGACCGUCUACGUAUUGCCAGCGCUGACGAAACCGCCUCCGGACAUAUUAACUUUGUUCUGCCAAGAAGGUGCAUCACAUGGGCGACGAGCACCAACCGCCACAUACAAUGGAACAGAAAUUAAAGACAAGCCUCAUACAUUGCUUGAAUACGCUAUGGAUCAUUUCCGGUUGCCACCAAAACGAACUGUCUCCAAGGCACUUACACUUUCCACUGCAAAGAGGGGAGGAUCUGAAGAACUUUGGCGGCACUCUAGAGAGCCGAUAAAACAGCCGCUGUUGAAGAAACUGCAAGCAAAAGAAGAAUUGGCUGAAGAAGCUUGUUUCGCAUUCACCGCUAUUCUCAAAUACAUGAGCGAUCUGCCUUCGAAGCGUCCUCGUAUUGGAAAUGAGUAUACAGACCACAUAUUCGACGGUCCACUAAAACACGAGAUCUUGCGGGACGAGAUAUAUUGCCAAAUAAUGAAACAGCUGACUGACAACCGAAACAGAAUGUCAGAAGAAAGAGGCUGGGAGCUAAUGUGGUUAGCCACCGGUUUAUUUGCAUGUAGUCAAGGGUUACUUAGAGAAUUAACGCUGUUUCUGAGGACUAGGAGAUAUCCAAUAGCUCAAGACUCACUCCAAAGACUUCAAAAGACUUUAAGGAAUGGCCAAAGGAAAUAUCCACCUCAUCAGGUAGAGGUGGAAGCCAUUCAGCAUAAGACUACUCAGAUAUUCCAUAAGGUUUACUUCCCUGAUGAUACAGAUGAAGCAUUUGAAGUGGACUCGUCUACUAGAGCAAAGGACUUCUGUCAAAAUAUAGCACAGAGAUUGAAUUUGAGAUCUAGUGAAGGGUUUAGUUUAUUCGUUAAGAUAGCUGAUAAGGUGAUAUCGGUUCCUGAGGGCGAUUUCUUCUUUGACUUCGUGCGACACCUCACGGACUGGAUCAAGAAGGCACGGCCGACAAGAGACGGCAUCACUCCACAGUUUACUUACCAGGUGUUCUUCAUGAAAAAGCUAUGGACGAACACAGUACCGGGCAAGGACCGGGCGGCGGACGUGAUCUUCCACUUCCACCAGGAGUUGCCGAAGCUGUUGCGCGGGUACCACCGCUGCGGCCGCGACGAGGCCGCGCGUCUCGCUGCGCUGGCGUACCGGGCACGCUUCGGAGACAACAAGCAGGAGUUGCAGGCGAUACCGCAAAUGCUCCGCGAGCUGAUCCCAGCAGACCUGAUAAAGCUGCAGAGUUCUGCCGACUGGAAGCGAGCGAUCGUUGCCUCAUACAACACGGACGCCGGCAUGACGCCUGAAGACGCCAAGAUUACCUUCCUGAAGGUCAUCUACCGCUGGCCCACGUUCGGAUCCGCCUUCUUCGAGGUCAAGCAGACCACAGAACCAAAUUAUCCUGAGCUCUUGCUGAUUGCUAUCAAUAAACAUGGAGUUAGUUUGAUACAUCCGCAGUCUAAGGACAUCCUAGUAACGCACCCAUUCACAAGAAUAUCGAACUGGUCAUCUGGCAACACGUACUUCCACAUGACGAUAGGCAACCUCGUGCGGGGGUCCAAACUGCUUUGCGAGACCUCCUUGGGAUACAAAAUGGACGACCUGCUGACGUCAUACAUCUCCCUUAUGCUCACUAACAUGAACAAGCAGCGCUCCGUCCGCGUCAAGUAAGGAGGUCCCACACCUUAUCGUAGUCAAACAUUCCGAAUAUAGACACAAUUAUUUUUUAUCCGCUUACCGUUAAGUUCGCACGCUUCCCAGCGGUUAGUAUAUUUAACUUAACAUAGUGUAGCAUUUACAUGCAGUCAAAACGAAUGCUUAUUAUCAAUGUUAUGGCGUACAGUGUGCCCAGUAUAUCGAGGCAGUUAAUGGUGCUGGUUGCGAGAUGGAAAAAGCUUGAUUAGGAUAAAAAUUAAGUUUCUUCCUUGGUGCCUGUCAAAAUAUACUGAGCUCACUGUAUCAAUCACAAGAUUCACAAAAGUGAGUCGUAUCAUUGUAGAUAAAAUUAUGCACAAUUAAUGAGGUCACGUUACUUCUCUUUUCGAAACAAAAUCUACUUUAGAUCAAUAUAUCCGUCCAUACAAUAAGAUUGAAAUGUAUCUAGAUGUAAAACGAUGUUACUGGUAAUCCAAAUCCAUACUAUAGAUGUUAAGUACAACGACCUAAUUUUAGGUAUUUGUUCUAAAAUGUACUCUCCCAUGGAAAUGGCUAACUGAAAUACGUAUCUAAAUCUAGAAUUAAGUAAAAAAUAAUAUUUAUAUUUAAUAUGAUUUUCAUUUUAAUCCAAAUUGGAAAAUAUUCUCUCAUAUUUAUUUGAAUUUCAAUUUAACAAUUAAUUAAUUAUCAAAAAGAUCUGUUACAACUUAUUUAAGGUGUUCGGUAACAAUAACUUGAUAUGAAAAUUAUGUACUUACCUACAUUUGCAAAUUAAUGCCUUGUUAUGUGCCUAGCUUUUAGCGCUGUUUGCAGGAAAAGAAUUUUAUAUUCACAGCUCAGAAAUUAGAUUAAGAAAUGUCUAUAUUACCGACAAUAAUUAACAAUGCUUCGAUUAUUUUCAAAGCACUUGACAUUUGUAAUAUUGCUGGAAUUAUAUUGAUAAACAUAAUGAUUAACAAACAAAACUCAAAAUUAAAGUCGAUAAACUAAACUAUCGAUAAAUUGAAAUAUCGAUAUAUUCCCAGCAAUUUACAAAUGUCGCAUUGAAUUUAGGUGUUUAUAUAUUUAUAAAAUUAACCGUUUAGCAUAACAUCUAUAUAAAAUACAUAGGUAACAUCAAUGUAUUUAUUUAAUAGGUAAAGGAAUUAUUCUAAGUAUUGUGUUGAUUUGAUUGUCAAGUUUCAUGCCAUGAGUCCGGUGACAAUUCAACUGUUUGUUUUAUUAAUAUCGCUUUAAAGUUAAAAGUUGCAUUUGUGAGUGGUUGUAAACAUGAGUCACAAUGA